UCUCCAAUUUUUGGCACAGAUGGGCCCUCGUCAACCAUCGGCGGUGACGUGGAGGACAUCCAUCCGACUGGGGCUUGGAACCCCUCCUCACAGAUCCCGGCAACUUGACCAACCUCAUCUGUUUCUCUUGCCGCUUGCACAAUGCUUUUUCGGCCAUUGACUUCUCGGUCAUGCCGGUUGCUUAUCACAGGGCAAUGCGCUUCUCGAAUUCACGUCACCUCCACAACUAGCAACAAGGUAAACCAGGCAUCGGUCACCCUUUACAGCACACAGACAACGCCGCCGAAUGUUGCGUUACGCCUGAUGCCGCUGGGAGGCUCAGUCACGUAUGGCGUUGGAUCUUCGGAUGGAAACGGAUACAGGAAGCUCCUGCGAGAUCUCCUUCUGGCCGACGGGUAUGAAGUGUGUAUGGUUGGUUCACGCAAGGCUGGAUCCAUGCAUAACAACGAAAAUGAAGGUUGGCGUGGCUAUCGGCUUGACCAGAUCGAAGGUAAAGCAAGACGAUCGGUCGCGACUGUCAAACCGAACCUCUUCACAAUCAACGCUGGAUCCAAUGACUGUAUCCAGAGCCAUAAGCUUGAUGCGUUCGGGCGCCGAAUGGAUGAUCUGCUCGAAUAUUUAUGGGAGAUCUCUCCACUAUCAACAGUUAUUUUGUCAACGUUGCUAGUAAACGAAGACAAGCAAGUCAACUCUCGAGUUCAAGAAAUCAACGGUCGUCUCCGGAACCUCGUUGUGUUGAAGCAAGCAGAGCAAAAAAAGAUAAUUCUUGCAGAUAUGUAUUGUACCAAGGGCUCUGAGAUUGAUGAUCUAUUGGAUGGCACACAUCCCAAUGAUGAUGGGUACAGCAAGAUGGCGCAUGUUUGGUUCAAUAGCAUAGCAAAAGCCCGGGCAAACGGUUUCUUUCAUAAAUAAAGACAGCCGGACGACUUUCAUCGAAAUGUCAAUUAUUAAAUUGAGCCCUGUCCUAACCUUCUAAUUGUUUGAGAAUUUUCGACUGGCCUGAUAAUUUCCAUAGUCUAUUUAACAUAGAGGUAGCCACAAGGUUGAAAAGAGACAGAACCAGCUUGAAUAAAUAUGCACUAUUGUAAUAUAUUUAGUCUACCC